CUGGUUUAAUAGUCCACAGCGGAAUGUGCACUUAAUAAAGACAAAUCAUGGAUAUUACUUUGGAGGUACUUAUAUUUUCCCAUGCCUACCUCAUCGUCUGUUCCUCAGCUCAACCAAAUCCAUACAAAGGUCAUGAGGGAUGGUGGGCAUAUAAAGAAGCUGUUCAAGGGAAAUUCAUUCCAGUACCAUCAUUCUGGGGAUUAGUAAACUCUGCAUGGAACUUAUGUUCUGUUGGGAAAAGACAGUCUCCAGUGAAUGUAGAGACCAGUCACAUGAUCUUUGAUCCAUACCUAACCCCUCUGAGGCUCAACACAGAUGGACAAAUGGUGGGAGGUACCAUGUACAACACUGGCCGUCAUAUAUCCCUACGACUGGACAAGGAGCACUUAGUGAAUAUCUCUGGUGGACCAAUGACAUAUAGUCACCGUCUUGAGGAGAUCAGAUUACACUUUGGCAGCGAAGAUGGGCAAGGUUCUGAGCACCUACUCAAUGGUCAGGCAUUUGCCGGAGAAGUUCAACUUAUACACUACAACCAUGAACUCUACACAAACUACACAGAGGCAGCCAAAAGUCCAAAUGGUUUGGCAGUUGUGUCGAUAUUUAUGAAGAUUGCUGAAACUUCAAAUUCAUUUUUGAACCGCAUGCUGAACAGAGACACCAUCACAAGAAUUACAUAUAAAAAUGAUGCAUAUUUUCUUGGAGAACUGAACAUCAAGGAUAUUUAUCCAGAAACCUCCAGUUUCAUUACAUAUGAAGGCUCUAUGACCGUACCCCCAUGCUAUGAGACAUCUACAUGGAUACUGAUGAACAAGCCCAUAUAUAUGACUAAGAUGCAGAUGCAUUCUAUGCGUCUCCUGAGUCAGAACGACCCAUCUGUCAUUUUUCUGAGCAUGAGUGACAAUGUUCGUCCAACACAACCUUUAAACAAUCGAUGCAUCCGCACCAACAUCAACUUCGGCACGCUGGGCAAAGACUGUCCAAAUAGAAGAGCUCAGAAAUUGCAAUAUCGAGUGAAUAAGUGGCUGCUUACACAUGAGGAGGACCAAGAAGGAUCAUGACUGAUCAUGACAGGAUAAACCAUGACACUGUGCUUAAAGGAAAAGAUCAGUAUUCUUCAACCAAGGGUCUAUUUGUAGAUGAUGAUGAAUCUAAAUUUUGAUUUGGGAUCAAAACUGUCAAUCGCGGAAAUGUUGAGUAAGACGGAAUAUGCUCAAAAAAUCAUUGCUUGUCAAUAAACAAGUUUCCAUCCGG